AUGUCUUUCGCAAACAAGGAAAAGCCAGAUGUCUUGGUGUUGUUCGAUGUUGACGGCACUUUGACCCCAGCAAGAUUGACCAUCUCUGAUGAGAUGAAGGCCACUUUGGAAGCCUUGAGAAAGAAGGUUGUCAUUGGUUUCGUUGGUGGUUCUGAUCUCUCCAAGCAAGUCGAACAGCUCGGUGCUACCGUUCUUUCCGACUUCGACUACUGCUUUUCCGAAAACGGUUUGACUGCCUACAAGCUCGGCCAGGAGCUUGCCUCGCAGUCUUUCAUCAACUGGAUUGGUGAAGAAAAAUACAACAAGCUUGUCAAGUUCAUCUUGCGUUACUUGUCUGAUAUUGAUCUUCCAAUCAGAAGAGGAACUUUCAUUGAGUUCAGAAACGGUAUGAUCAAUGUUUCUCCUAUUGGAAGAAACGCUUCCACCCAAGAGCGUAAUGACUACGAAGUCUUCGACAAGGAGAACAGAGUCAGAGAAAAGCUCGUUAAUGCCUUGAAGGAACAAUUCCCAGACUACGGCUUGACUUACUCUAUUGGUGGCCAAAUCUCUUUUGACGUUUUCCCUACUGGAUGGGACAAGACUUACUGCUUGCAACACGUGGCUGACGAAAACUUCAAGGAAAUCCACUUCUUUGGCGACAAGUCGUACAAGGGUGGAAACGAUUACGAAAUCUACGAAGACCCAAGAACCAUCGGCCACGCUGUCAACUCUCCAGCUGAUACCAUUAGAAUCUUGAAGGAAUUGUUUGACUUGUAA